UUCAUGAAACUCAAUCUUCCCUACAAAUAAAAUGCUAAACUCUCCUAUACAUUAUAGGUCCAACCAAGCGUUGUUUGCGUAUAAAAAACCAGUUGUUGGUAGUAAUGUGGAAGUGUUGGAAUCUCUACGACAAGGCCUCAAACCAAAUAUUACUUCUCACCUUCGUUUCAACAAUCUUAAUGCUAUUAAACCCUUCACAAUGGCUUCCAUCCAUAAGCCCAUUUCUGUCAAAGUUGUCGUUACAAUCAAACGACCAAUCGAUGGAUUCUUUCCAAAUUUUGGGUUCAAACGAAGGCUUGCUUUGGAGUUUCAUAGCGUUGAGAUGGAUCCAACAACAGGAUUGGAGAAGGGAACAAUAAAAGCUUGUGCUGAGAAAGUGAAAAGAGAAGAUGAUGAGGUAAUUAUAUAUGAGACAAAGUUGGUAAUUCCAGCAGAUUUUGGUGCAAUUGGAGCAGUUUUGGUUGUGAAUGAGCAUAACAAAGAGAUGUUGCUCAAGAAUAUUGUUAUCUAUGGCAUUCCCAGUACUGCCCCUCUUCACUUCCCAUGCAAUUCUUGGCUUCAGAGCAAAGAUAGAAGAAUCUUCUUCACCACUAAGACAUACUUGCCAUCAAAUACACCGGAUGGACUAAAGAGAUAUAGGCGAGAAGAGCUUAGGAAUUUGCAAGGCAAUGGUUACAGAAAGCGAGAGAAACACCAUAGGACAUAUGAUUAUGAUGUCUACAAUGAUCUUGGUGAUCCUGGCAAAGGCCAUCAUAUUAAAAGACCAAUUCUUGGUGGUAAACAAUAUCCUUAUCCUCGACGAUGUAUGACUGCACGUCCUCGUACUCCAACAGAUCCAUUAUUGGAAGUGAAAAGUAUGGAGUUUUAUGUGCCUCGAGACGAAGCAUUCUUCAUACCAAAACAUGGAAACCUAUUAACAAAGAAACUUUACUCAAUGUUACAUGGAUUCUUACCGGCUUUGGAGAACAUAUUCACAGACCAAAAUUCCCCUCUUCUCUCUACAACAAACCAUCUUUCUCUUCUUCCAAGACUUGGGGAAAUUGUUGCUGAUAAGGCCAUGCAUUUCCUACUCUUACAUCCUUCUCAAGCAUCCUAUGGGGACAAAUUCUUUUGGUUUAGAGAUGAGGAAUUUGCUAGACAAACCCUUGCAGGUCUCAAUCCUUAUAGUAUAAGGCUCGUCACGGAAUGGCCAUUGAAGAGUACGCUUGAGCCUUCUAUUUAUGGUUCUCCUGAAUCAGCAAUCAGCGAUGAAAUAGUUGAGCAACAAAUAAAAGGAUUUAUGAGUCUAGAUGAGGCAGUGAAAGGGAAGAAGUUAUUUAUACUAGAUUAUCACGAUGUGUUCCUACCAUAUGUAGCAAAAGUAAGAAAGUUGAAAGGGAAAACGUUAUACGGAUCAAGAACAUUAUUUUUCUUAAACCCGGAUAGCACUUUAAGGCCAUUAGCUAUUGAGCUGAGUAGACCACCCAUUGAUGACAAGCCACAAUGGAAACAAGUUUUUACACCAUGUUGGGAUGCCUAUGGCCUCUGGCUUUGGAGGAUUGCGAAAGCUCAUGUUCUUGCCCAUGAUUCUGGUUAUCACCAACUUGUUAGCCAUUGGCUGAGAACUCAUUGUUGUGUGGAACCUUACAUUAUCGCUACACAUAGACAACUAAGUGCAAUGCAUCCAAUUUAUAGACUUUUGCAUCCCCAUUUUCGUAACACCAUGGCCAUCAAUGCAGCUGCUCGGGAAUCCCUUAUCAAUGCAGAAGGGCUGAUUGAGAACAUCUUCUCGACAGGAAAAUAUUCUAUGGAAAUUAGUUCCAUGGCCUAUGACAAACAAUGGCAAUUCAACUUAGAAGCUUUGCCUGCUGACUUAAUUCACAGGGGAUUGGCAGUUGAAGAUCCAAAUGCAGCUCACGGUCUAAAGUUGAGUAUUGAAGACUACCCUUUUGCCAAUGAUGGGCUAAUCCUUUGGGAUGCCAUCAAAGACUGGGCAACAGAAUAUGUAAAUCAUUACUAUCCAAAUGCAAGUGUUGUGAAUUCAGAUGAUGAACUUCAAGCAUGGUGGACAGAAAUUCGAACUGUAGGCCAUGCAGAUAAAAAAGAUGAACCAUGGUGGCCAAUCCUCGACACUCCUAAAGACCUCAUUGACAUUGUCACAACCAUCAUGUGGGUUACUUCAGGACACCACGCUGCCGUUAACUUUGGACAAUAUCCUUUUGCAGCUAGUUAUUAUCCAUGUCGACCCAGCCUUACUAGACUCAACAUCCCUACAGAACAACCUAACUCAAAGCUUUGGAAGUGCUUUCUUGAAAAUCCAGAAAAUGUGUUUUUAGAGACCUUUCCUACACAUUUUCAAGCAACAAUAUUUUUGUCCAUUUUGAAGAUAUUGUCGAGUCAUUCUCCAGAUGAGGAGUAUUUGGGAGAGGAUUUGAAAGAAGCAUGGGCGGAUGAUGGUGUUAUAAAAGAAGCAUUUCAUAAGUUUAGAGCAAAAUUGCAAAAAUUGGAAGAGAUUAUUGAUGAAAGGAAUGUCGAUCCUAAAUUAAAAAACAGACAUGGAGCUGGGAUUGGACCUUAUGAACUUUUGAAGCCGUAUUCAGAGCCUGGUGUAACAGCAAGAGGGGUUCCUUGCAGUGUUUCCAUUUAAAAGAAGGGAAAUUUAACUGUAUAACAACUUUUAAGGUUACGUUUCAAAAUUUGUACAAAAAAAAGUCCAACAAAUAGAAAUUAAGUUAAUUUUAGAUAUAGAUAUUAGGGCUGUUCUUAAUAUUUAAUUGGAAAAUCAAUAAGAUUAGAGAUGCUACCUUAAAUCAUUCAAAAAUUGACAGGUGGAAAUAAAAUUAGUAUAUACAUCCUAGAGUGAUUCGAAGGGUAGAGAUGACCUUGGGUGGAUUAUCUGAGACUCUCAAGUGUCUCCUAUUGGGGUGGAUUUUAAAGUGGUGUUCUUUGGGGAUUUUAGAGGGUCUCAGAAAUAUCUACCACAAAUUUUUAGAGUAGUACUUACCCCUUUUGGAGGUCAAGAUGGAAUCUUUGGAGACUAUCAAUAUCCUAAACAAGAAUAGUGUGGAUUUAUCAAAGACGUCUCAUAUUACUGAGGAUAUUUUUUUCUUACUCCUCAAAUGAAUGUUCUAAGUUUUUUUUUUCUUACGUAAUAGGACUUUCAAUAAAGUUGUUCAUGUCCUUGCGACAGGGGAGGUCUAACUUUCUCGUGAUAUUUUUUGUAGUGUCUCUUUUGUGAUUGAGGGGUCAAAAGAACUUUUUUUCGUUUGAUCCUUUCUCGGACAGAUGUUCUCCAUUUUGUAUUUAGUUUUUUUCCCACUUUUUAAUAUAUUU